AUGUCUGCGGAAACCGACGCCUUGUCGCCCUCAUCGCCGCCACCAAUCUGUCGCAUCGAGGACACUCAUGUCAGCAACUUCACAGUGAGCGGGAAGGCCAUUGUCCGCUGGGAAUUGGAUGGAGUGCAAAAUGACCAAUACCUUUUUCACCCGGAUCCCAAGAAUAGAUCCAUUACCUUCGAAGUGUGCGUCGAGAAUGAUGCGUCGCAACUCUUGGCAUUUUUCAGAUUGCGUGUUCCUGUUCGUCUCAAACAGAAAGAUACCAUUCUGUAUAUACACAUACCCCCAGAUCAUAUUGCUUCCCUAAGUUGGUCGCUCCAAUGCGAAGCCUCGUCUUCUGUGCAGGCGAAAUUGAGUUCCAGCAUUACUAGCCUUCACUUCAACUUGUCUCAACCUGCACAUUUGAUCGUGCCCGCCCAGUGGACAGUCUUACACCCGAGGAGGGCCCUGUCUGCGGAUAUCAUCAAGGCCUUGGAGUCCCUUGCCACCUCCCGCCGUCUCACGAUAUACCUAGAACAUGCCACCUUGUCCAAGUCGCGGCUGCAGGCCAUCACCAAUAUUGUCCAAUCGCGGUCGUCCCGACCAGUACCCUCGUAUUGUCAUCUGCACAGACUGUACGAGGGUACUGGAGGCAAGAGACAUCUGCCCAUCGAUGAGAAUAAUGUGAGCACGGACUCGGAGGCUGCUCCAGAAACCCAGGGCGAAAGCCCGCCAGCAUAUAAUGAGAUUGGCCCCGGUCCUCCGAUGCCUCCGACGACGCCAGACUGUCCAUGGGCGAUAAAUUCAGCCAAGGGUCACGGCAAGCGUCAUCGUCAGUCUGGCAGCGCUGACACGGACGGUGGCGAAUCUGAAUCUCCAUCAAAUCGGCCCAGUAAGAGAGGGUCCGGGGAACAGGAUUCGGGGUCAGCAGCGAGGUCAACGGGUGACGGAAAUGACCUGCUUCAACUUUGCCAGCGGCUCUUUGUUGAGCUUGCUGAUGUCAAGCAAGUCGCUGCCAGGCAAGAGAAGACUAUUCAAGAGCUCCAGGACAAGGUUGCCAUACUCGAGGAGCAGGCACGAGCACGGGAGGACAAAGUAAGCAGACUGCAGGCUGAAGCAAGAACUCAGCAGGACGAUAUCCUCGUGCUAGAGCAGCGGCUAGACAAGGGCGAUGCGGCUGUCGUGGACCUGGAUGCUACAGUAGUUCAACAUGACGACACGCUGGCCGAGUUGGAGCAAAGUGUCGCUGCACUUCAAGAGUACUGUGAUGAUUUUGCCGUCCGACGCGUUCCUGAAAUGGACGAGCUUAGAGAUGAACUCAGAGCUGAGGUCAUGGGUCGCCUCAGGAGUGCAUUGGAGUCUCCGUGA